GUCGGGUGGCUUUGAUUCGAGGAUCAAGUCAUGGAGGAUGGGAAGGUGCACAAGAAGCAGCAGAUACCCCAGGCCGGAACACUGGACGACCUGUGGAAGGAGUUUGUGGAGCACUCGAAGAAGUACAUUCAUCACCACGAGCUAGCAAAGUGGCAGCGCCAAGCCCACAACAUGUGCCUGGCGACGUUCGGCAAAGGCGAGCUGUUGGUGGAGACCGACUUUAUCGAGAAGUACAAGCACGAGGCUGGCGCUGUCUUGACGUGCGCCACUGCGCCCUCCACGACCAUGAUGGUGGCUCUAGUUCACCACAGUCCUGACGACGACGGUCGGCAUGAGACAGACGCAUGGGUAUUCGUAUCGAGUGACCCCAACCAUGACUUCGAUUUCCACAUCUACGCCAUGGACAUCAUCCUUCGGUACUACAUCACGGGGGAUGGGCGGGCCGAUACUGCUGGAACACCGGUCCCCACGGUGCACAUCUUCACCGACGGGUGCGCCAAACAGUACAAGGGGAAGCGCAACUUUUACGCUGUGGCGAAGAGCUUGCACAGGCUUGGUGCCGUCCUCAUCCACAACUUCGCGGUCACGUCGCACUUCAAAGGCGCCCACGAUGGCAUCGGGGGGUUGCUGAAGGCUCUGUUGCGAGAAGCGGAGAAAAGGGGCCAGCGCAUUCACAACACCCAAGCCGCAGCCGACUUCCUCCAAGUCUACGCCGAGGCAAAGGAGGAUGGAGGAGGUCACUUUUCAAGCUGGACCCCUACCGGAUCAAGAGGUUCCACAUCAAGCUUCUUGGACACCGAGAGAUCCCUCGCCCGUUCGUAGAUUUGACGGGCAUCUCUGGGAGUUCCAAGCUGUACCAGUUCAUGGGAGCGGAGGUCCAGGAGGAGGAGAGCUCGGGCGUAGGCGUAGAGGUGCAGAAAGAGAACGGGGUUUUCCUCGUAGGUGGCGAGAAAGAGGUUGUAGCUAACCCGCAGAGAUGGCAGGCGGACGAAUCAACCGUUCUGACGCUUCCGGCUGUCACGAAGCGAUACAAGCUACGCGUUCGCCAGGCGUCGUGCUACUGCUCGAAGUGUAGUGUUGGAGCUUACGACGACUGCGUCCCGGCCAAGAAGUACGCGGGGAUGGUGGGUAUGGUGAAGGCUGUGUCGGGCAAGCACAAGGUUACUCGGGCGUCUUGUGGUGUAGGGAAUUGAGGGGUGUCCGUGGUGCACGUCAUGUUCUUGUGUUUGGCGCCUUGUUCUCUUCCAUGUUCUUUUGUUUUUUUGGGUGAUUUUGUUGCAGUUUUUGUACUUUUUUUGUUGCUGUGUGCUGUUUGUUGCAUGUUGCUGUUCAUAUGCAGCGGCAGGUCGUCUCCCUUUGGGGGUUUGGGAUAUCAAAGAAGGGUUUUCAGCAGGAGAAAACAAAUAUUUGCCGGCGUCUGUGGCUGAUACUUUCACGGUUUGUCGCCGAAAUGGGCUGUCUUUUUCUAUAUG